CUCGCCUGACAGUUCAAUGACAGUUGCACUAGUAACAUUAGUUGCUUUUCUAUUAAUUUAAUAUUAACAUUUCCCAGCUAUGCAGCAAGCCACACACGCCGGAUUAGCUGCAUUCGCUCCGCUUACGAUUCGACAGUUUUUGAAACUCACGGUGCCCCCUUUGGUGGUGAGUUCACGGUGUCAUAGCGUGAUUCCGCCCCCACGAGACAGCGAUGAGAAAGAGAUGUUGGAUCGGAUGUUGCGAGUGGAUCACGCGGGUGAAUAUGGGGCCAACCGAAUCUACGCAGGACAAAUGUCAGUGUUGAGACGGUCUCAGAGCGGACCUCUAAUCCAGGAGAUGUGGAAUCAAGAAAAGAAGCACCUUGAGAGAUUUAAUGAAAUACUUGCUGAGAACAGAGUUCGCCCUACAGCGCUUCUUCCUCUUUGGAACAUUGCAGGAUUUGUUUUAGGAGCAUCUACUGCCUUACUGGGGAAAGAGGGGGCUAUGGCCUGCACUGUGGCUGUUGAAGAAAGCAUUACAGAACACUAUAACAGUCAGAUCAGAGCUCUCAUGGAGAAAGACCCAGAACGAUACACUGAACUCCUACAAGUAAUAAAGGAGUUCAGGGAUGAUGAAAUGGAGCACCAUGACACAGGAUUAGAGCAUGAUGCUGAAACUAUACCUGGAUACUGGCUUCUAAAAACUGCAAUACAGCUGGGCUGCAAAGUGGCAAUAUCUGUUUCUCAACGGAUCUAGUUACAAACUUUUUCUUUUGUGUAUAUGUUACGUCUCGAUCAGGUUGUGUUUUUAAAGACCGGUUGCAGUGGUUGUAGAUCUGAUCAUUAAAUUGCAGCCAUUGACGAUGUAUAA